GCUUCAGUUGCACACAGAAACAGAAAAGUUGUAACUUUCAGGGUGAGACAGAAACUGAAGGGGGGAGGGAAGAGCAUGAAAUGAGGAAGUGGGGAGCGAAGUUGCUCCUGAAAUCUUGGAGCAGGAGGACCUUUUGGAGCCGUGCGUUGCCUGAGUAAUGGAGCCAGAUACAAUCGAUCACCAUGAUGCCCAGCAGAAUGGGAUGGCGGCAGGCGAGCAGGACGACCACUUUGACGCUCAGAUUGACGACUUCAUGGCCCCCAACCAGGAUUACAAUGAGGAGGAGGAGGAGCGGAAAUAUUUCCGCCGAAAACGUUUGGCUGUGGUGAAGAACGUGGUAUCUGCCAGUCUUGGCAGUUCUCUCACCUAUGGAGUCUAUUUGGGCCUGCUGCAGAUGCAGCUCAUCCUUCAUUACGAUGAGACCUACCGGGAGGUCAAGUACGGAAACCUGGGGCUUGAGGACAUCGACAAGAAGAUGCUGAUGGGAAUAAAUGUCACUCCCAUUGUCGCCCUCCUCUACACGCCUGUCUUGAUCAGGUUCCUUGGGACCAAGUGGAUGAUGUUUCUCGCCAUCGGGAUUUACGCGCUCUUUGUGUCGACCAACUACUGGGAGCGGUAUUACACCCUGGUCCCAUCAGCCGUCGCCAUUGGAGCAGCCAUCGUCCCACUGUGGGCAGCGGUGGGGAACUACAUCACAAGAAUGGCGCAGAAAUAUUAUGAAUAUGCUAAUUAUAAAGAGGACCACGUACUGGAGCAGAAGAAACUGCCAAAAGGAGCAUCUUACAAAUACGUCAUCAUCUUCCAGUCAAUCUUCUACUUUCUGUUUAACGUAAGUCUUUUUUCCGUUCUCAUCUGA